UCCAAGACAAAAUCUUGCACAUCCGCACUAGUCAAAGUUCACUUUAUGCAAUAAACGGUCUAUGGAGAGAAUCACUUCAACAUAGCAUUAUGUGCAAGGAAUUUCUUGGUGGUCAAAGCAGUUCAGUGUGUUCAGUGUGUCUGGGUUUGCUCUUAGUGUAGUUUGAAAGAAAAAGUGUCCACAAAAUGUCUUUAAAAGUCUGUCUGGAAGAGUGGGAACGCCUGGAAGAAGACCAUAAGCAACUUCAGGAGACACACAGAAUGUACUUACAAAAACUGGAAGAAGUUUCCAAACUACAAAAAAACUGCUCGUCCUCCAUUUCCAGUCAGCGCAGAAGGCUGAAGGAGGUAUCCUCCCUGGUGAAAAGAUGCAGCAAAGGACCAUCAGAAGAAGAUGCAAAGCCCUUGAACGAAAUAAAUGAGAAGAUAAAGACGCGACCAAAUGCUUUCUCUGAAAUGGAAGCAUUCCUUCCCAAUAAAAACGGAUUGUACCUCAGUCUGGUUCUUGGAAAUGUGAAUGUCACUCUUCUCAGCAAGCAGUCAAAAUUUGCCUACAAAGAUGAAUACGAGAAGUUCAAGCUGUACCUCACAGUCAUCCUGCUGCUGUUCUCCUUUGUAUGCUAUUUCUUUGUGAGCUACAGAUUCCUUGAUGCAAUCCUCAAUUUCAUGCUGGUUUGGUACUAUUGUACAUUAACCAUCAGGGAAAGUAUCCUCAUCACCAACGGCUCCAGAAUUAAAGGCUGGUGGGUUUUUCACCACUACAUCUCAGCUUUUUUUUCGGGUGUAAUGCUAACAUGGCCAGAAGGGGACUUGUACAAGACAUUCAGGAACCAGUUCCUUGCCUACUCCUUGUAUCAAAGUUUUGUCCAGUGUCUACAGUGCUACUAUCAGAGCGGAUGUCUCUAUAGGCUAAGAGCUCUGGGAGAAAGACACAACAUGGAUCUGACCGUCGAGGGAUUUCAAUCUUGGAUGUGGAAAGGGCUGACGUUUCUGUUGCCCUUCCUCUUUUUUGGUCAUUUCUGGCAGCUCUUCAAUAGCCUCUCUCUCUUCCGAAUGGCGCGGCUCCCAGACUGUAAAGAAUGGCAGGUCAUGGUGUGUGGUCUCUGCUUCCUCAUUCUGUUCAUGGGAAACUUCUUCACCACUGUUGCUGUGGUCCGUCACAAGGUCAAGAGCAGGAAUCAGAAAACUAAGAGUCUGUGAUACAUGCUGUAAUAGGAAAAACAUGUCUACAAAUGCAGUCUAAAUUGCUGAUCUCCGAAUGUGAAGCUCACAUUGUCAUUAUUGCUUUCAUUAACAUUAUCUGCGAAUACGUUGUGUAUUAUCAAUACUUAUUAAAGGUAAAUGAUGCUCCACAAUGUCCUUUACUUUGCAUAGUUAGUCAAAUCACUCUCAUAGCAAAAGCUAAACCAAUAAAGCAUUUAUUCCACCCUC